AUGUCAGAGGAAAGCAAUAAUCCAUUUGACAAUCAAUAAAGAAUCGCAUAAGCUCAUUAGAAGCUUAAGGACUGGCGAAAUAACCCAAACAGAAAUAGAAAUUCUGAGCAGGAAACUGAGCCUGAUUAAGACCGCUAAUCUUAAGAUUACGAAGACAUUUAACUAGAGUUGGCAGACUUAAGCCAGUCAAAAUAGUAAAAUCCUGAGUUAAACAAUUCUGCCCGAGGUCGAACAUCUUUGCGAACUAAAAUUAUAGUAGACGAGUAAUAUAAGCAAUUUUAUGGCGGGGAGGAGGAUCCGAGAAACUAAACCAUAAUUGAGAAUAAAAAGAUAGAUUUAGGGAUGGGCGCAUUUUAAGGAGUUUACUUACCAUGCGUGCAAAACAUCCUGAGUGUGGUAUUGUUUCUCAGAAUCAAUCUUAUUGUAGGAGAGGCAGGAAUCUUUUAAGCCUUUGCAAUAUUGUUUUUUAGCACUACAACAACUUUCUUUACCGUUCUGUCAAUGAAUGCCAUUGCUACAAAUGGUAAAAUUAGAACUGGUGGAGUUUACUAUCUUAUAUCAAGAUCACUUGGACCUGCAACCGGAGGAUCUAUUGGAAUUUUGUAUUAUCUUGCCUCUACAUUUGCCUCGGCAAUGUCGAUUCUAGGAGCUAUUGAGGCAAUUCAUGUAGUUUCAGGAUUUAGUUUAUUCUCUUUUGCUUUUAGCAUGAGGUUUUUCUCGUUUUUACUGCUGGCCAUUCUUGUUGUAACUGUACUUUUUGGAGUAAAAAUGGUAAGCAGACUUGGGGUUAUUUUGAUAGCCUUAGUUUUUGUCUCAAUUCUAUCAAUGAUUAUCGGACUAUUUGCUUCAAAAGCUAGAAGUGAAGAGCUCUAGAGCUUAGUUCCAGGAUUAACUGGUCUUGACGGAUAGAAUUUUAGAGAUAAUUGGAGUUCACACUAUCAAGCUAAUUCCUUUUAUACACUUCAUGCUAUAUUUUUCAAUGCUUGCACUGGUAUUUUGUAAGGAGCAAACAGUUCUUCAAAUCUUAGAGAUCCAAUUAAUGCUAUACCAAAAGCUACACUUGCUGCUCAUUUAUCAACUCUUGGCUUGUACAUUAUACUAUUCCUCUUAUAUGGAAGCGUUGGUACAAGAUCAGCACUCACUGAUCUGAAAGUUAUUAUUUCAGCAGAAAUCGCAUGGCCACAUAGAUGGAUUGUUUACAUCGGUAUUAUUUUGUCUUCUGCAGGAGCGGCACUCUAAUAAAUCUAAAAUGCCCCAAACAUUAUUAACUCAAUUGCAGAUGACGACAUGUUACCCAAAGUUUUCAAUUUCUUAAAAGGUCAUACAAGAAAACCUUUAGGAUUCACAGUUACUCUUAUUGCAAUAUCUAUAUGUUUUGGUAGUAUUGAUGAAGUAGCUCCCCUUGUCACAAUCUUCUAUCUCCUAUGCUAUGGUGGAGUAAAUAUAGCUUGCUUUUUGCUAGAUUAUCUUGGAUCACCUAAUUGGAGACCAAAGUGGAAGUAUUAUCACAAGGCCACAGCAUUUACAGGUGUGGUAUUUUGUGUCGCCUCAAUGGUAGUAAUUUCCUGGUGGGCAUCACUUGCAUCAAUCGUAGGAGCACUUUUAAUUUAUGCCUAUCUUGAUAAGAAAAGUUAGGAGAAAAACUGGGGUGAUGGUGUUGAAGGAAUAAGAUCUGAGAGAGCAAGAAAUGCUUUACUUAAAAUAGACAAAAAUAAAAAGCAUGUUAAAAAUUGGAGACCUCAUUAUUUAGCUUUAGGUUACAUCAAUGAAAAAGGAAAAAUUACAUCACCAGGAAUUUUUAAAUUGCUACACUAAUUACGUAAAGGUACAGGUUUAGCUAUCUAUGGUUGUGUCAUAAAGGGAGAUUAUAACGCUGAAUCCUAUAAUGAAGCGAGAAAAAAAGAAAUCGAGAUAGAUGCUUUUAUGAAACGAAACAAGUAUAAUGUUUUUUCAAAAGUAAUAGUUUCUUAAAACAUCGAAAAUGGUAUGGUAUAUCUGAUACAGUCUUCAGGCUUGGGAGGAUUAGAACCAAAUACUAUACUUCUAGCUUGGCCUAAUUAAUGGGAAGAUGACGAAUUGAAGUGCAACAGAUUCGUUAAUCUAAUUAAUCAUGCUCACACAUUCGGGCAUCUGCUAACAAUAUUGAAACCUUAAAAGGAAUUUGAUUCUGAUGAGAAGCAUUAAGGUACCAUCGAUAUUUGGUCAUUUAACUUUGAAAAAGGUAUGCUUUUAUUGUUCGUCCAAAUCCUAAUUAAGAACUCUCACUGGAAAAGAUGCACUGUAAGACUAUUUAUUAUGACCUCACUUAAUGAAAAUGAAUCUGAUACAAUGAAGAGAGUGGCGAGAGAAUAUUUGGAUCGUUAUCGACUUUUACAAGAAAAUAUUUACAUCGAGGUAGUGCAUGUGAGCAUCUAAAUGAUUGAAUAAUUCACUUAAAAUCUGAACUUAACUCUUGAAUAAAAGAAUAAGUUGUAUCAAAAAGCCAUAUAGGAGGGUAAUAAGGAAUUUUAAUAUGGCACACUUCCAAGUCUUAUGAAACUUAAAGCGCUAUAAGAAAAAGAGAGAAAGGCAGCGGUUGAUAAUCAAAUCAAAAAAGCUAACUUAACUUAAGAUCAUGACUAGGAUUAGGAUGAAAAAACUUUGAAUGCAAGAUAGAUCAAUCAGAUUAUUUUGCAGAAGUCAAAGGACGCAAGUUUGGUGAUUACUAAUUUACCUCCAGUAUUAAAAGGUCAAAGUGCUCAGGAAUAUAUGAGCUUUUGCUCAUUAAUGACUGAAAAUUUGAAAAGAGUAUUGCUGAUAUAGAACUCAAGUCAAGAAGUGCUAACUCACUAUAAUUGA